CAGCCUUCUCCACCUGUUGGCCGGCUAUUUCCGGCGCGACCGAGGUGGUUGGUCGCGUCUGCGAGGAGUCUGCAGAGCGUCACGGCACCAGCGGCGCCUCAUUCCGUCAGGACCCCCGCCGCGUCCAUGCAAUAGCAGGUCGCCGCCGGUGCACACGUUCUCAAAGGAACUGCUCCGCAGCGACAGCGCCAUCAGCAACGACAGCAUGACGACCUGCCCUGCCGAAGGCCGAUGAGUGUUAGGCUUAGUGUAAACACGCGCCUGGACCACGCGGCUUGGUGGGAGCAACCACGUCUUUGGAUAACCGAAACCUUUUCAGGCGACGUCGCUGGCCAGACGAAGCUCCACGGUGUGUGAGCGAGGCAGCUCAAGACUACGUCGUGCCUCCAAGACCGCCGUCUCCAAAAAGGGGGAGGCCCGGCGCGUGACGCUCACCGGCCACCAUGCCUCGGGCAUUCCUCAUCACAAACAAGCGCUACAAUUCGACUGUCGACCACGACGACGCUGACCAACACCGGCCCGCCGGGGGCGGCAGAGAGAACAGCCCCGAGCGGCGUGUGAGCACAGCUGAGGCACCUGCCGAUCACGAGGCGGAACCAUCAUCGCGCGUCCCGGAGGCGACGGGGCAGAGCUGCUGGUCCUCUUGGAAACCGGCCAGCCCGAGGUCUCCUGCCAGCCUCUCCCGGACCGCCACACCUGUGUCCGAAGAGCCGCUCAGCCUGACGGUGCAUGAUGCGCAACCACAACUCUCAUCUGCAGCAGCAGCCGCUUCGGCCAGCAUACUCGCCGCAGUACUGCAGCAAGUCCGAACUCUUCAGGAGCCUGGCGGCACCUCGCGACUCUCGGGCAGCGGGGCCGGUGAGCCGUACUACGCGUGUCCCGAGUGCGGCAAGCGGUACAGCACGUCGAGCAACCUUGCCCGACACCGGCAAACGCACCGCAGCGUGACGGACAAGAAGGCGCGCCAGUGCCCGCACUGCUCCAAGGUGUACGUGUCGAUGCCGGCCUUCUCCAUGCACGUGAGGACGCACGGCCAGGGCUGCCAGUGCCCCUUCUGCGGCAAGUGCUUUUCUCGGCCCUGGCUGCUGCAGGGUCACAUCCGCACGCACACCGGAGAAAAGCCGUUCAAGUGCUCCCAGUGCUCCAAGGCGUUCGCCGACAAGUCCAACCUGCGCGCCCACGUCCAGACCCACUCGCCCACGAAGCCGUUCGUGUGUCGUCGCUGCGGGAAGGCGUUCGCGCUCAAGAGUUACCUCUACAAGCACGAAGAGUCAUCGUGCAUGAGGGUCCGCGCCGCGGCUCCGACCCCACCCUCGUCCAAGGCGGAACCCGAAGUCUGAGUGGCGGCGCCGUCGAGGCACCAGCGCUGGAUUUGACAAGUGCAUUCUCCCAGUGAGGUUGUCACGCCCUUCUGGGUAGCCAGUCCGCAUGGCGCCAUGUCCGCGUCGUGGCGCUGACUCUUUCUUUUUUUCGGGUGACCAGUGCCUUGUGGCUCAUCUUUAAUACCGGUUCUUUCUACAGCCACUGUGGCAGUGAUGACGAUGUUCGGCCUGCCGAAGCCUUCACCCUUAUCAACGUCCGUCCAUUUUUGUACACGUGUUAUUUAAGUGAGACGUCAAAAAGGUAGCCUCAACACUGCUCUGCAGGGUGUUUAAAGAGACGGCUUAGAAUCAUAUCAUUGCGUUAGCCGUAAAAGAGCUGAUGACUGUUGCUCUUUGCCAACGUAUACUUUGGUACGCGAGCAUUCGUUCACGCCAAAACAAUCAUCCUUAGUUCUCUCUCUCUCUAUUUUCCCUUCAUUCAAAUACUUAAGCAUUGAGGGUGUCUUUGCACGAACUAAUAUGCAGGUGAGGUCGAGUUUCUCAGCUGAUCACAAGAGUGUAGCGCUAGUCUACGACGUGUGCCCAGCAUGUCAGCAUUGUUUUCUGCCUCUCUUAUUUAAUGAGCCAUGCACAACGAUGUCUCGACUUGCUAGGGCUCAUGAAGGAUGCUUAUACAGAGAAUACAUAUGUAGUUAGAUAACGUCCUUUUGCAGUAGUCAUUAUUAGUAUCAUAUCUACUCAGAGGCUUUUCAAUGCCCACCAACUAUAUCAAUGAUAUAUUGCUGGUGUAUAAAUUCAUGCCGUUAUGUUUAUUUAUUUAGCUGUAUUUUUUUACAUGGAGGCAUGACGAAUAUAAAAAUGUUCUAGCAUAUUCAUGCCAUCUUUCUUCUUCUUUUAACAGUGGUGUCAUAGGCGUUUGCAGAUGGGGGAGUAUCAUGAUCAUCAGAUGUGAUGGGUUGGUAGGGACGUGACGGAGAAAACGUGCAGCUGAAUGAUUCGAAUAAUGCUUCUGAAAAAAUGCAUUCUUGUAUCAGUCAUUUAAAAACCAAACGGCAUGAACUCAUGCACCGACCUACCAACCUAUGCAAUAGGCUGAAGUAUGUUUCUUUAUAUUCACACGAUUAUAGUCUUCAAAUGACCCACUUUUUUGUUGUUAAACUUGCUUCACUCGAAUCUAUUUGCUGAUUUUUCUUAAUAGCAACUCCAGGAGACCAACACGGAAACUCUCCUUCUUUGGCAGCACAACAUAAAAGAAAGCAGUGACUUAUUCCACCUUUAUUCUCUAUUUCCAUUCAUUAUAUUCGCAAUGUGCACGGCUAUUCUCUUCUCUUUUGAGGAAAAAAAAAAACGCCCUUUAAUAUGACUAUUUUCUGCUGGUUCCUUUGUUAAGUUUCUACUUAAAAUAUCACACAGAAAGCCUACACACUUUCACGUAUUCAUAUGCUGGCGCUUUCUUUUCCCGGAAGUUAGCUUAACAGCAUAGAGAGAUUAUGUCAUAUACAAAUACCGGCUGCUUUCGACAAUAUACGACGGCAGGGCUUGCAAGUAGAUGUUCCAAUACGCCAAGAAUCGCAAUCCGAUGCUCUCGUGGGAUGUAGACCCACCGUUCGCAGAGUUUUUACACCGCUGAAAACGAAGGAAACUUAGCCGUAACGCAUAGUCAACAUCUACUUAACGUGCCAUACUUUACUUACUUUUGUUUGUUUAUGUAUAUCUGAAAGCGUCAUUCAGUGCCGCUAUCAGUCCAUUUAGUACUGACGUGAAUACUUUUGUACAGAUUAAGCUGAUCAAUUAAGAGAAAUGACGACGUAUAGUUCUUUAGAGCGGCAAUAAGUCAAACUAGUUGGUAGGGUAGGGACUCACGUCAGAAGAAAGUUGGACGUGCAGACAAGGACGAAAGUGUUUGUCAGUUCCUCUCCCAUAACGUUCGAGCCUGCACGCUCAGGUUUUUAUUCUGCACUGAAGUUCUUCUUUUGCUUGCAGGCCACACAAAAAACCUUCGAUGACGUAAAACGGUGCACAAAGUGUCGAUAUUUGGAUUUUUAAAACGUUUUCCUUCGGGAGUGAGUAGUGACACUAUGCAUUGUUUAAGAAAACUGCGUCACAGAGGAGACGAAAAGACUUUUUUUAACCACACGAACACAAGCGCCGCACCAAAAACUCGUCCGAC